UGUGACGUAUUUGUUUUCACUUCCGCACUGACCGGAAGAGGCGGGGCUUGAGUUGAGGACGCUCGCUGUUCGUUGUUCAUUCAACAUGGCAGCGGGACCAAUCUCAGAAAGAAACCAAGAUGCCACAGUGUAUGUUGGCGGCUUGGAUGAGAAAGUGUCAGAGCCGCUACUAUGGGAGCUCUUCCUUCAGGCAGGUCCUGUUGUCAACACACACAUGCCCAAAGACAGGGUUACUGGCCAACAUCAAGGUUACGGCUUUGUAGAGUUCCUCAGUGAAGAGGAUGCUGACUAUGCCAUCAAAAUUAUGAAUAUGAUAAAGCUCUAUGGCAAACCAAUUCGAGUUAAUAAAGCUUCUGCACACAACAAAAACCUUGAUGUGGGUGCCAACAUCUUCAUUGGCAAUCUCGAUCCAGAAAUAGAUGAGAAACUGCUCUAUGACACGUUCAGUGCCUUUGGUGUGAUCCUGCAAACACCAAAGAUCAUGCGAGACCCAGACACUGGCAACUCCAAAGGCUACGCUUUCAUCAAUUUCGCCAGCUUCGAUGCAUCAGAUGCCGCCAUUGAAGCUAUGAACGGCCAGUACCUCUGCAACAGGCCCAUCACAGUGUCCUACGCCUUCAAGAAGGACUCCAAAGGAGAGCGACAUGGAUCGGCUGCAGAGCGGCUCCUGGCGGCACAGAACCCUCUCUCCCAGGCAGACAGACCACAUCAGCUGUUUGCAGACGCUCCACCACCGCCAAGUGCUCCAACGCCAGUACUGACAGCUCUUGGAGGCGGGAUGCCCAUGCCAGGCAUGCCGCCUCCUGGUUUCCCACCUGUUCCUCCUCCUGGGUCCAUGCCUCCAAAUAUGCCCCCUUCGAUGUCCAUGCCCCCAAAUGCUGGAGGUGGUCAGCCCGGUGGUGGGCCUCCACCUGGACCACCACCCUACGCAAACAUGCAUCCAGGAAUGCCUCAGAUGCCUAUGCCCCCUCCUGCUCCCCCUGGCAUGGUGCCUCCACCUCCUGCCCCUCCAGGAUCAGCGCAAUCACGAGCACCACUACCCCCUGGCAUGCCUCCACCCCCACCUAUGGGCAUGCCACCCAGAGCGCCGUACGGACCUCCCAUGGGUCCACCUGUACCUCAUGGUAUGAGAGGACCCCCUCCCCCCAUGCCUCCCCCUGGCUAUGGCGCUCCUCGUCCUCCUCCUUUUGGCAUGCAGAGAGGUCCUCCAAUGCCUCCAAGGCCCCCUGGUGUCCCACCUCGUGUCCCUCUGAGAGCACCAAUGCCCCCGUAAUCCACCUCAGACUGCAAUUUCCUUUUUUUAAAUCUUCUAAUCUACUCAUGUUUGUUAAAGCGAGAAUAAUUUAACCAGGUUUUUGUAUUUUUAUUUUUUUGUCACUGUACCGAUGUAGAAAAAUAAAAGUUUUGGUACAAGGUA